AUGGCUGAUUCAAUUUUUAAUUUCAUUUAGAAUAAGAUUGUAAAUGAUAGCUAAUCAAGUUAUUUACUUAGAAUCAUUGUUAAGUUUACUUAAUUAUUCUCUAAAAACAUUUCUCAUUUUCAUUUCAAUUUCUUCAAUUUUGGUCAUGUUCUGGAUCUUUUUUGUGUAUAUAUGAUUAAAUAAAACUAAGAAGAAGGCAAUGAUGAACCAUUUUUUGGUAUUUUGAUUGUAAAUUUUAGGAAUUUAAUAUAGGUUAAGAAAGAUUAAUCAGAAUUCUUAUAAGGAUAUUAUUUAGAUUUAUCUCUAAUUGUUAUAUGCCUAUUUGUUGAAAUGA